AUGGUCCAAAUGAUGUCCCGUCUCGUCUUUGGCAGUCUUCUGCUAGUUCACAUUGUGACCGCCUCCAAGUACGGCUCCUCUUCAGGCGGGGCUGGUGGCGGCGGUGGCAGCGGCGGCGGCGAAUCCAUUUACCUCAGCUCCGGCGGAGGCAGUGCCGGAAACGUCGGCGGCAGUUCUGAUGGCGGCUCCUCGCUGGACCUGGGCAGCAUGUUCGGCAUGUCUGACUUUGCGCAGUCCGGUCCCUCGUACCAGUCGGCCGGAGGGGCCAGUGUGCCGGCGGCCAUUCAGACGAAGCGCACCGUCGAGGUGAAGCCAGUGAGCAUUCCCCAGGAGCCNGUGAGCAUUCCCCAGGAGCCGGUGGAGCCACACAUCGUCGACGUGGAGGCGACCUACCAGCCAGUGCACGUCAUCUUCCGCUCCUCCUCCAGCCCGGUCAUGGUCCAGCAGAUUCACACGCCCGCCCAGCCGGCCAAGGUGGAGGCCACGCAGUCCGAGGAUCAGCCUCAUCGAG